GCCGCUCUCCUCAGGCCCAAGAUGGCGGCCACCACACAGGGGCUCCCGCCGGCUGCUCGCCGCCGCUGAGCGCGCGCUAGCUCUGCUCGCUCUCCGACCUGCGUUCCACCAGGGGUUGGGAAGGGCGGCGGACGGUGCCGGGGGGGAGAUUGGCCUGGCAGCCCCUUUUAGAUGCCCAUUACUGGACCAGAAAGAUGACAUCUAUCAUCAAGCUAACCACCCUCUCUGGGGUCCAAGAAGAGUCGGCUCUCUGCUAUCUUCUCCAGGUUGAUGAGUUUAGAUUUUUGUUGGACUGUGGCUGGGAUGAACACUUCUCUGUGGACAUUAUUGAUUCCCUGAGGAAGCAUGUUCACCAGAUCGAUGCAGUGCUCCUGUCUCACCCAGAUCCACUCCACCUCGGUGCCCUCCCAUUCGCUGUGGGGAAGCUGGGUCUGAACUGUGCCAUCUAUGCAACAAUUCCUGUUUAUAAAAUGGGUCAGAUGUUCAUGUACGAUCUUUAUCAGUCUCGACACAACACAGAAGAUUUCACCCUCUUUACACUGGAUGACGUGGAUGCAGCCUUUGAUAAAAUACAGCAGCUGAAAUUCUCUCAGAUUGUGAACCUGAAAGGCAAAGGACACGGUUUGUCUAUCACACCCCUACCAGCUGGCCAUAUGAUAGGAGGGACAAUAUGGAAAAUAGUCAAAGAUGGAGAAGAAGAAAUUGUGUAUGCCGUUGACUUCAACCACAAGAGGGAGAUCCACUUAAAUGGAUGUUCCCUGGAAAUGCUAAGCAGACCCUCUCUGCUUAUCACAGAUUCAUUUAAUGCUACUUAUGUGCAGCCUAGAAGGAAGCAGAGAGAUGAGCAGCUCCUGACAAACGUCCUGGAAACUCUUCGGGGGGAUGGGAACGUGCUGAUAGCUGUGGACACAGCAGGCAGAGUUCUGGAGCUUGCUCAACUCCUGGAUCAGAUUUGGAGAACUAAAGAUGCCGGGUUGGGCGUUUACUCGCUGGCUCUCCUGAACAACGUCAGUUACAAUGUGGUGGAGUUUUCUAAGUCACAGGUAGAAUGGAUGAGUGAUAAAUUGAUGAGAUGUUUUGAAGACAAAAGAAAUAACCCAUUUCAGUUUCGCCAUCUCUCUCUGUGCCACGGUCUUUCUGACUUGGCUCGAGUUCCAAGCCCCAAAGUUGUACUUGCCAGCCAACCUGACCUGGAGUGUGGAUUCUCAAGGGACCUCUUUAUUCAGUGGUGUCAGGACCCGAAAAACUCAAUCAUUCUAACGUAUAGAACAACUCCUGGGACUUUAGCACGUUUCUUAAUUGAUAAUCCUACUGAGAAAGUUACAGAAAUAGAGCUGAGGAAACGUGUGAAGCUUGAAGGGAAAGAACUUGAGGAAUAUGUGGAAAAAGAAAAACUCAAGAAAGAAGCUGCUAAGAAACUGGAGCAGUCAAAAGAGGCAGACAUUGACUCCAGUGACGAGAGUGACGUGGAGGAAGAUGUCGACCAGCCAUCAGCUCACAAGACAAAGCACGACCUGAUGAUGAAGGGGGAAGGCAGCCGCAAAGGGAGCUUCUUCAAACAGGCCAAGAAGUCCUACCCCAUGUUUCCUGCCCCAGAAGAAAGGAUUAAAUGGGACGAGUAUGGCGAGAUCAUCAAACCAGAAGAUUUCUUAGUGCCAGAACUUCAGGCUACUGAAGAAGAAAAAAGCAAAUUAGAAUCUGGUUUGACAAAUGGAGAGGAACCCAUGGACCAGGACCUGUCUGAUGUCCCCACCAAGUGUGUCUCUGCAACAGAGUCUAUUGAGAUAAAAGCCAGAGUUACUUACAUAGACUAUGAAGGACGCUCCGAUGGGGACUCCAUUAAAAAGAUCAUCAAUCAGAUGAAACCACGGCAGCUCAUCAUUGUCCACGGCCCACCAGAGGCCAGUCAGGAUCUGGCCGAGUGCUGCCGUGCGUUUGGUGGGAAAGAUAUUAAAGUAUACAUGCCAAAGCUGCACGAGACUAUCGAUGCCACCAGUGAGACGCAUAUCUACCAGGUAAGAUUAAAAGACUCUCUUGUCAGCUCCCUUCAGUUCUGUAAAGCUAAAGAUGCCGAGUUAGCUUGGAUAGAUGGCGUUUUAGACAUGAGAGUUUCCAAAGUGGACACAGGAGUUAUUUUAGAAGAAGGAGAGCUCAAGGACGAUGGAGAAGACUCUGAAAUGCAAGUGGAUGCUCCUUCAGAUUCCAGUGCCAUAGCCCAGCAGAAGGCCAUGAAGAGUCUGUUUGGAGAUGAUGAGAAAGAGUUGGGUGAGGAGAGUGAGAUCAUUCCCACACUGGAGCCUUUGCCACCUCACGAGGUUCCUGGACAUCAGUCAGUUUUUAUGAAUGAACCGAGACUGUCUGACUUCAAGCAAGUUCUUUUGCGGGAGGGGAUUCAAGCGGAAUUUGUAGGGGGCGUACUUGUCUGCAACAAUCAAGUAGCAGUUCGCAGAACAGAAACUGGACGCAUCGGGUUAGAAGGCUGCCUUUGUCAAGACUUUUAUAGGAUACGAGACCUUUUGUAUGAACAGUAUGCCAUUGUGUAAAGGACAUGAUGUCAAGAUGUGUCUGCUUGACCUUUCUCAGGAAGAAAGGAUUCUCAUCUGAGGCUAAACUUAUGCUGUCUUGUUUUGUAACAUACAAAAAGAAUCUGCCAGAAAACGUGAGCAUGUAUUAGAUUUUGAAAAAUAUGAAUCAAGGGCCUGGGGUGUAGCUCAGUGGUAGAGCUCUUGCCUAGCAUGUGCAAGGCCCUGGGUUUGAUUCUCUGUCCUGAAUAAAGAAAGAAAGAAAAUGUAAAUAGAGCCCAUUUUGUAAAUGCUCUUGCCUAGCUCUGAAUGCUAGAAGCCCAACGAAGAGACAGGCCCAGAGCCAAGGGAAUUGGUUUCCUCUGCAGGUCCCUUGUUCCAAGCACUCAAUACUUGAAGAAGAAAAAGGAGAAAACAAACAAACAAACAAAAGAACAGUGCAAAUUAGCAAACCAGUAGAUGGCCUUACAGAAACUGGUGUGUGCGCAUUUGUGUGAACAGUUUCUUGUGUUUUCUGGAAUAAGAAGGGAGAAUUGUAUAGAAAGAGUAUGCUAUGUAAGAUAACAGAAGCCUCAUGGAACAUUUUUCUUAAGAAACGGGUGAUGUGGGCUGGUGAGAUGG